AUGGUUCCUGAGAAACUUAACCCAGUUCCCAAGUGCAAGGCCAGAAGAAGUGAUAGAAGCUGGAGGUGCUCACAAAGCACAUUUCACACCAUUAAGAACACAUACUUAGGUGGAGUGAAGUUUAAUAGCUACCACGAGUGCUCUAAGAUCAUCUUACCUGAAGAAGAUACAAACACCAAUGAAUCGGAAAAAGAGAAAGAUACAAGCACCAAUGAAUCGGAAAAAGAAGAAGAUACAAACACCCAUGAGUCGGAAAAAGAAGAAGAUACAAACACCAAUGAGUCGGAAAAAGAGAAAGAUACAAGCACCCAUGAGUCGGAAAAAGAGAAAGAUACAAACACCAAUGAAUCGGAAAAAGAAGAAGAUACAAACACCAAUGAAUCGGAAAAAGAAGAAGAUACAAACACCCAUGAGUCGGAAAAAGAAGAAGAUACAAACACCCAUGAGUCGGAAAAAGAGAAAGAUACAAACACCAAUGAAUCGGAAAAAGAAGAAGAUACAAACACCCAUGAGUCGGAAAAAGAGAAAGAUACAAACACCAAUGAAUCGGAAAAAGAAGAAGAUACAAACACCCAUGAAUCGGAAAAAGAGAAAGAUACAAGCACCAAUGAAUCGGAAAAAGAAGAAGAUACAAACACCCAUGAAUCGGAAAAAGAAGAAGAUACAAACACCAAUGAAUCGGAAAAAGAAGAAGAUACAAACACCCAUGAGUCGGAAAAAGAGAAAGAUACAAACACCAAUGAAUCGGAAAAAGAGAAAGAUACAAGCACCAAUGAAUCGGAAAAAGAGAAAGAUACAAGCACCAAUGAAUCGGAAAAAGAAGAAGAUACAAACACCAAUGAAUCGGAAAAAGAGAAAGAUACAAGCACCAAUGAAUCGGAAAAAGAAGAAGAUACAAACACCCAUGAGUCGGAAAAAGAGAAAGAUACAAACACCAAUGAAUCGGAAAAAGAGAAAGAUACAAAAGAAGAUACAAACACCAAUGAAUCGGAAAAAGAGAAAGAUACAAGCACCAAUGAAUCGGAAAAAGAAGAAGAUACAAACACCAAUGAAUCGGAAAAAGAAGAAGAUACAAACACCCAUGAAUCGGAAAAAGAAGAAGAUACAAGCACCAAUGAGUCGGAAAAAGAGAAAGAUACAAACACCCAUGAGUCGGAAAAAGAAGAAGAUACAAACACCAAUGAAUCGGAAAAAGAAGAAGAUACAAACACCAAUGAAUCGGAAAAAGAGAAAGAUACAAGCACCAAUGAAUCGGAAAAAGAAGAAGAUACAAACACCCAUGAGUCGGAAAAAGAGAAAGAUACAAGCACCAAUGAAUCGGAAAAAGAGAAAGAUACAAGCACCAAUGAAUCGGAAAAAGAGAAAGAUACAAGCACCCAUGAAUCGGAAAAAGAAGAAGAUACAAACACCAAUGAAUCGGAAAAAGAAGAAGAUACAAGCACCAAUGAAUCGGAAAAAGAGAAAGAUACAAACACCCAUGAGUCAGAAAAAGAGAAAGAUACAAACACCCAUGAGUCAGAAAAAGAGAAAGAUACAAACACCCAUGAGUCAGAAAAAGAGAAAGAUACAAACACCCAUGAGUCGGAAAAAGAAGAAGAUACAAACACCAAUGAAUCGGAAAAAGAGAAAGAUACAAACACCCAUGAGUCAGAAAAAGAGAAAGAUACAAACACCCAUGAGUCAGAAAAAGAGAAAGAUACAAACACCCAUGAGUCGGAAAAAGAAGAAGAUACACCCACUUCUGAAUCGGAAAAAGAAGAAGAUACAAACACCAAUGAGUCGGAAAAAGAAAAAGAUACACCCACUUCUGAAUCGGAAAAAGAAGAAGAUACGAACACCAAUGAAUCGGAAAAAGAGAAAGAUACAAACACCCAUGAGUCGGAAAAAGAAGAAGAUACAAACACCAAUGAAUCGGAAAAAGAGAAAGAUACAAACACCAAUGAAUCGGAAAAAGAAGAAGAUACAAACACCAAUGAGUCGGAAAAAGAAGAAGAUACACCCACUUCUAAAUUGGAAAAAGAAGAAGAUACAAACACCCAUGAAUCGGAAAAAGAAGAAGAUACAAACACCAAUGAAUCGGAAAAAGAAGAAGAUACAAACACCAAUGAAUUGGAAAAAGAGAAAGAUACAAACACCAAUGAAUCGGAAAAAGAAGAAGAUACAAACACCAAUGAAUCGGAAAAAGAAGAAGAUACAAACACCAAUGAAUCGGAAAAAGAAGAAGAUACAAACACCCAUGAAUCGGAAAAAGAAGAAGAUACAAACACCCAUGAAUCGGAAAAAGAAGAAGAUACAAACACCCAUGAAUCGGAAAAAGAAGAAGAUACACCCACUUCUGAAUCGGAAAAAGAGAAAGAUACAAACACCAAUGAAUCAGAAAAAGAAGAAGAUACAAACACCAAUGAAUCGGAAAAAGAAGAAGAUACAAACACCCAUGAAUCGGAAAAAGAAGAAGAUACACCCACUUCUGAAUCGGAAAAAGAGAAAGAUACAAACACCAAUGAAUCGGAAAAAGAGAAAGAUACAAACACCAAUGAAUCGGAAAAAGAGAAAGAUACAAACACCAAUGAAUUGGAAAACGAAGAAGAUACACCCACUUCUGAAUCUGAGAAAGAAACAGAAUCAAAUGCCUCUGACUCUGAAAAAGAGAAAGAUACUAAUACCCCUGAAACAGAUAAAGAGAAAGAAACAAAAAACACAGAAUCCAAGAAAGAGAACGAGACAAAUACACCUGAGACUGAGAAAGAGAAGAGUCCACCUGAAUCUGGGAUAGAGACGGGGAUCUUUUACCUGUUGGCUGUGACCUCCCAGACUGUAGGGGGCACCAGUGAGACGUUAUGCGUCACAGUAAACUUCUUUGAACCUGUUUCUGUGGAGGUGAACCUGGAUUAUAACCAAAACAGCAUCACUCUCCUGGCUGAAAUGUCUAUAAAAGAAGAAUACCACCAUUGCAUCCAAUUCCAGGUUCCUGUCGUAACUGUGGAAUUGGUGGCAUCUAUUACUAUUCAGAUUAAUGGGUCACAAACAUUCCUGAAUAAGGCAACAAAGAUCCUCAUCACACCUCCAACACACCUGACCCUCAUUCAGACGGACAGACCCAUCUAUAAACCAGGACAGACAGUGAAGUUCCGCAUCGUCUCUCUGGAUACCAGUUUCCUCACCUACGAACAGACGUUUCCAACAAUCGAAGUUCAGGACCCGAACUCAAACCGCAUUGGUCAGUGGCUGAAUGUCCCCACGUCCAGCGGUCUGGUGGAUCUGUCAUAUCCCAUAAACUCUGAGGCCACAAAAGGAGUUUACAUCAUCACCGUCUGGGACGAGAAAUACAAAGAGCUCACACAAACCUUCGAAGUCAAGGACUACGUUCUGCCGACAUUUGAAGUUACAGUAGCGCUUCCUCCAGUCAUAACCAUCCUGGACACUAACGCCACACUGAAAGUCUGUGCAAAAUAUACAUACGGGAAGCCGGUGAGUGGGAUGGUGAAGGCCAAAGUCUGCCAUAAUAGUUACAGAUACGGUUGGCUGCAAAGAGACACAACACCAGACAUCUGCAAGAAUUAUGCAAUGAUGACUGACAAGAGAGGUUGUGGACUAAAAAUCAUAGAUCUGACAGAAUAUGCAUUAAGUGAUUCACGCUAUGAAGCUUCAAUCAUAGUUCAGAGUGAAGUGGAAGAAGACGGCACUGGUGUGAUUCUGACCGGGUCAGGCAGUUCUGCCAUAACAUCUAAUAUCGUCUCACUUUCAUUUGAGGAUUCACCAACAAUGUUUAAGCCCAGAAUGACAUACGAAGGAAUGAUUAAAGUCGCUUGCCCUUACACCAAUCCUAUGAAAAGAAAAGUAGUGUAUCUGACUGUAAGUUAUGCUGGUAAUAAAAAUUUAGUUCGGAAGCUGAUUACAAAUUACAAAGGCAUUGCAAAAUUUUCCAUUGACACUGAACCAUGGGGUCUGGAGCAAGUCUCUCUUCAGGCACAGUAUGAAACAACUAACAGACCAGUUGUGGAUGUGGAAAAUCAGCUCACACCACAGUACCCCACAGCUAACCUCCAGCUUCAGCCUUUCUACUCCAAGAGCCAGAGUUUUAUUAAACUGAGGAGCUGUGCAUCACCUUUCAGGUGUAAUAGAAAAGGUGUCAUCAGGGCUCACUACAUGAUCCACUCACCACAGCAGACGGCCAUGUCCUUCUUCUACAUGGUGAUGAAUAAAGGACAUUUGGUUCAGCAAGGAAGUAUCACAGAAGCCAUCAACCCUGGAACAGUGCACAAGGGCAACCUGGUUCUGACUCUGCAGAACAUGAUAAAGUUGUCCCCAGUCGCUCAGGUGGUCUUGUACACAGUCCUUCCCAGUGGCGAGGCCGUAGCAGACAGCUUGAACUACCCUGUUAAGCCAUGUUUCGCAAAUAAGGUGUCUCUAAAGUUUUCACCUUCUAAGGAGCUUCCUGGUGACGAGGCGUCACUGAUGCUGAAAGCUGCUCCAGGUUCCCUGUGUUCAGUGAAGGCCAUAGAUCAGAGUCUGCUGCUGCUGCAACCAGAGAAGGAGCUCAACAUCCAAUCUGUGUUCAACAUGCUGCCUGUACAAACAUUAUCAGGAUAUCCACACAGCAUCUAUGAAGAGGACUCAAACCCAUGCUGGGAGAACCCACCCAUCUGGAACAUUCCAUUUGCAGCAGAAACAUCAAAAUCAGUUGGUUAUUUUCUGAAUUCUGGAAAAGUGGAUGUGUACAACACCUUCAAAGGUAUUGGUAUUAAAGUCCUCACAAAUGCAGAUGUACAGAGACCUUCAGAUUGUUCGAACAGUUUGUGGCACGUCACUGAAGCUGUAGCCAAGGAUACACCAGAUGUCCUUGGAAAAGAAACUACUUCAGCUGACUCGAGUUCAAACCAGACAGUUAUUACAAUCCGCAAAUUUUUCCCAGAGACGUGGAUUUGGGAUCUCGUUCCAGUCAGUCAGUCUGGAGUGACAACCCUUAAUAAAACCGUCCCAGACUCCAUCACUACAUGGCAGCCUGGCGCAUUUUGUACAUCACCUGUCGGGUUCGGAGUCGCCCCGAAAACCGAGCUUAUUGCCUUCCAGCCUUUCUUUGUGAGUCUCACCAUGCCCAGCUCCGUCAUCCGAGGAGAAGUGUUCACACUCAAAGCCACCGUCUUCAACUACCUCCAAAGCUGCAUGAUGGUGGAGGUGACGUUGGCCGACUCACAACAGUUCUCAGCACAAGAGUGUAAAGACUGCAGUUACACAACAUGUCUGUGUGCUGAUGAGAGCUGGACCGUGUCCUGGACCAUCACACCACUGGUUCUAGGUGAGGUGAGCUUUAAUGUGACAGCGGAGGCCGUGCAGUCGUCGACUCUGUGUGGGAAGAAUGUAGUUACUGUACCUGAGAAAGGACGAAUCGAUUCAGUCAUUAAAACACUGACAGUGCUGGCUGAAGGAAUCAGACAGUAUAAAAGCUACAAUGAGCUUCUCUGCCCUUCAGAAGAUGUAGUUGAGAAGACAGUGUCACUAACCCUGCCUGAGCUUUUCGUGGAAGGUUCAGCCAUAGCCUCAGUCUCUGUGCUGGGAGAUCUGAUGGGUCGAGCUCUACAGAACCUGGCGAGUCUCCUGGCGAUGCCGUACGGCUGUGGAGAGCAGAACAUGCUACGCUUCACCCCUAACAUCUUCAUCCUGCAGUACCUGGAGAGCACCAGCCAGCUUACACCUCAGAUCUUGAACACAGCUCAGACCUACCUCAUAACCGGAUAUCAGAGAGAGCUGACCUACAUUCACAUUGAUGGAUCUUACAGUGCUUUUGGGAUGAGUGAUGCAUCAGGCAGCACAUGGCUGACAGCAUUUGUAAUGAAGUCUUUUGGAAAUGCGAUGAGAUACAUCUUUGUAGAUCAGGUGUUUGUGGAUCAGGCGAAGGCCUGGCUCGGUCAACAGCAGCAGGACAAUGGAUGCUUUGCUUCAGUGGGACAACUUUUCCACACUGAUAUGAAGGGAGGAGUAAAUGAUGAAGUGACCCUCUCAGCUUACAUCACGGCUGCAAUGCUCGAACUUAAUUAUACAGUUACUGAUCCUGUGGUGGACAACAGUCUUACAUGCCUGAGGAAUGGGUACACUCACAUGAACUCUAACUACGCCAAGGCUCUCCUCUUCUAUACCUUCACCCUAGCUGGAGAUCAGGGGAUGAGGAACACACUCAUCUCAGAGCUGGAUGCAAAUGCCAUAAUCUCAGGUGGUGGAAGACACUGGAGCAGAGUAAGUGAUGGGUCAGUGACGGACUCUUUGGAGGUGGAGAUAACCUCAUAUGUGCUUCUGUCUCUGAUGUCUGGACCCGAGCUGCCCGGGUUUGAUCUGAGUUACAGCUCCAGCAUCGUCCAAUGGCUUUCUCAACAACAAAACUCCUUCGGGGGCUUCGUGUCUACACAGGACACUGUUGUGGCUCUCCAGGCUUUGGCAAAAUACAGUCUCGCCACCUACAGUCCAGCAGAAACUGUCACUGUUACUAUAACAUCACCAUCAGAGCUGAUUAACACCUUCACCAUCACUCAGAGGAACAGGCUGCUGUAUCAGGAGACUCAGCUACAGGAGGUUCCUGGAGACUAUGAUGUCACAGCAGAAGGAAAAGGAUGUGUGUAUGUGCAGUUUAAUCUGCACUACAACAUCCCUCCUCCUUCUGAUGACUCUUCAUUCACCAUCUCGGCCUCAGCGUUUGGAAACUGCAGGAUCCCAAAUCCAUCUCUGGAUGUGAUCAUUAGUGUCCUGUAUAAUGGCCAGCGUUCUGAGACCAACAUGGUGGUCAUCAACGUCAAGCCUCUUUCUGGAUUCAGGGUGGACGAGACGUCGGUGCAGCUUGUGAACAGCAAUGCAAAUUCUACUGAUGGAGCAGUGAAACAUGUGGAACAAACUGAGUGCAACACAAUCAUCUAUCUGACUGGACUGACUUAUGGAGAGGAGAUGGUCUACACCCUGGCGAUCAUACAGGACCUUCCAGUGGAGAACCUGAAACCAUCUGUUGUGGAGGUUUAUGACUACUACGAGACCGGUGAGAGAGCUGCAACUGAGUACAUCUCCCCAUGUCAAGUUCACUGAGAAUUUGAAUGUGAUCUCUGCAAGAGCCCAGCAAGUGCCCCCCAAUUUGAGUUUUUUUAUAUGG